UAGCCUGUUAGUUAGUGUCUGGCUCUGUGAGAAGGAGGUAGGCGGCCGCUCCUCCUUCUAACCCUGGCUCUGUACCUUACCAUCCCUUCCAUCCUUACUAUUUCCCUCCAGACAGCCACAACAGGACACGUCUAGGACUCCUUAGGGCGUGAGGAUAUUGCCCAACCCUUCCCCUGAGCUCUGGGACACUUGGAAAUAAGGAUAAAAAGGAGAGAUCAUCACAGCAGCUCGGCCUGAAUUACCAUCCUUCAUCACAAUCAUCACUGCCAUCCCUACACCGUUGUUCUUCUUCUGUGGCUAACUCAAGGUGAGUGAGGGAGCGACAGGUGUGCCAGCGGUAACCAGGUGACAGCAACAGCGGUAGACAGACGGCAGGUGAAGCAUGUGGUGGUUGGUGGCGGCAGCAGCCGUGGCCGUUGUGGCCCCCUGCCACGGCGAGGUGUUCACGGCCAUGACAGACAUGAGUCGCCUCCUUGCCACCGAGGGGGAGAUGAUCAGGGCCAUCGAGAACUUCAUUGUUGCACAAGAGGAAAAGCUUGAAAAGCUGAAAAGGGAUUUAUUUGAGAUGGAGCGCAUCCACGACUUGGCUGCCCACUCACCUGACGACUUCCUGGCCAACCCCAUCAAUGCCUACCUGCUAGUCAAGAGGCUCACCGUGGACUGGGCGGACCUGCAGGACGUCAUGACCGACAACAGCAUGGGCAAAGCGAUGCUCAACAACCUGACGAGCAUGGCCGACUUCCUGCGCUGGCCCGACGAGGAGGACCUGAACGGUGCUGCCACGGCCCUCAUGAGGCUGCAGGACACCUACAACCUGGACACGUCUCAGCUGGCACGGGGGCAGAUCCUGGGCAAGAAGCAGGCCUAUAGGGAGCUCACUGCGGCUGACUGCUUUGAGCUUGGCCGCCAGAGCUACAACUCAGGAGACCACUACCACACCACACUGUGGAUGACGGAGGCCCUGAGCCGCCAGGAGGCCGAGAACAACAAGACAGUGGAGCACGCAGACAUCCUGGAGUACCUGGCAUUCUCAACCUACAUGCAAGGCAACAUCCGCCAGGCCCUGAAGCUUACCGAUGAGCUGCUCCUGGAGAGGCCUAACCACCAGAGGGCACAGGGGAACAAAGUGUACUACGAGGAGGCACUCAGCACACAGGAGGCCGCACGGAGAGGGGAGGACAGGGAUUCCUUGGGCGAGGAGGCUGUGGAAAAGGGCUAUACGGUGACAGAAAACACUCUGGUCAAUGACGCCUAUCACCGUGAGCGCCGUUCCUACGAGCGCCUGUGCCGGGGUGAGGGCGGCCUGCCCCCCAAGGUGUCCAGCAAGCUGCACUGCUUCUACCAGAAUGGGCCGUCUGACUACUUGAAGAUUGGUCCCGUCAAGACUGAGCUGGCACACAUCAACCCCACCAUUUACAUUUACCAUGAUGUGCUCAACGAUGAUGAGAUUGCAGUCAUCAAGGAGCUUGCCACCCCCAUGUUCAAAAGAGCAACUGUGCAGAAUUAUAAGACUGGAGAACUUGAAACAGCAUCUUACCGCAUCAGCAAGUCAUCGUGGCUGAAGUCUGGUGACUCCGAGGUUGUGUACAGAGUCAAUGAACGCAUCGGUGCCAUAACAGGACUGAACAUGGACACUGCCGAGGAGCUCCAGGUGGCCAAUUAUGGGCUUGGCGGACACUACGAGCCUCACUUUGACUAUGCACGGCGAGAGGAGAAAGAUGCCUUUAAAUCGUUAGGGACUGGUAACAGAAUUGCUACUUUCUUAUUCUACAUGAGUGACGUUGAGGCGGGAGGUGCCACCGUGUUCCCCCAGAUCAACCUGGCGCUGUGGCCAAAGAAAGGUGCCGCAGCCUUCUGGCACAACCUGUACCCCAACGGUGAGGGGGACGAGUUGACCCGGCACGCUGCCUGCCCAGUGCUUGUGGGCACCAAAUGGGUGUCCAACAAAUGGAUUCAUGAACGAGGACAAGAGUUUAGGAGACCAUGCGGCCUCGACAUCAAAGACUUGUAGUGACAGUGUGGCAUUAAGGGGACCAUGUGAUGAACCAGGGGGGAGGGGCUUUCUUAUUCUUGAGGAGUAUAUGUUGUUGAUAUGUAUUAUAACCCUAGGAGUGAGUGCGGCUGCCCAGCAAGAGUAUGGAUGAUUGCUAAAUAUUCUUUGCCAGAUCUCAUAGUAGUUUUUGCAGCCAAGUGAACUCAGAGACGCAUUAUGUAUUGAAUUGCAUCAUCAGUUGUAGAGUUUCACACAUUGUCAACACAACAGUCUGUCAAUAUGAAGUGCAUUGGCCAUAAUAUCCACCCUGAAUUUGAUUUAGAAUUUGCAUGCUCCAGUGUUGCUUCAUGUUUGAUAUGAAUGACUAAGAUUGUGACAGAAUACACAUUUUUCAUAAAA